CAGCCUGCAUGGGAGUAGGAAUGGCCAUGGGGGGCCAAUGGGAAGCAGGUGGCAGGACAGGAGGCUGUGGUGGGGCCUGAUGGAGCAGCCUUUCCUUCCAAAUCUGACUGUGGCUCGCUCAGGCCCCUGUGGUGGCUGUGUCCCUGCUUUGUCCAUCUCCUUCCGUCAGGACCUGCCAGGCGAGGGUGGCGGGAGCUCAUUCCUGGGCUUGGGGGUGGGAAGGGAGUCUGAUUUCUUCAGUUUGACGGGCCGGGGUUCUGGGCAUGGGCUGUGACUCACAGAGGCGAUCCAGACCCGCCUGCUCCCCUCAUAUCCUGUUAUUCAGAAGGCUGUAUCCGCUUGGAAAGUGUCUUUUGUCCUGGGGUGAGGGGGUGACGCAUGUGCCCUCUGGCAGUCUGCUGUGUCCAGGGUCCGUCUCCUGCUGGGGCAGAACAGGGCCUGGCCCCGCCUUAGGCCCGGCGAGCAGGCGAAGCAGGGAGAUGUCAGACUGCUACACUGAGCUGGAGAAGGCGAUCAUUGUCCUGGUGGAAAACUUCUACAAAUAUGUGUCUAAGUACAGCCUGGUCAAGAACAAGAUCAGCAAGAGCAGCUUCCGUGAGAUGCUCCAGAAAGAGCUGAACCACAUGCUCUCGGACACAGGGAACAGGAAGGCUGCAGAUAAGCUCAUUCAGAACCUGGAUGCCAAUCAUGAUGGGCGCAUCAGCUUCGACGAGUACUGGACCUUGAUAGGCGGCAUCACCGGCCCCAUUGCCAACCUCAUCCGUGAGCAAGAGCAGCAGAGCAGCAGCUAGAGGACCCCUCUGGCCACACCGGCCUGAUGCCCCGCCCUGGUGUUCUCCCCAGGCUCCCUCCUCAGCCUCUUGCCCACCCAGGACCCUUUACCCUCUUCUCCCUCCAGACCUUCCUCUGACCCUUGCUGAACUGGGGUCCCUUUGUGAGUGUCUCAGUCUAGGGGUACCUCCCUACCUGGGAGGUCUUAGUCCCUGGAGUUAGCAGGCCCUUGGGGCCCCUCUAUAAGAUCUCAAUGCUGUCUGGGGACCCUAAGAGUUUUCUCACCUGUCCGGUCCCAUCUAACCUUCCAGUGUCUCAUGUUCCUGCCCAACUCCUGCCUGAUUCUGGGUCCGUCCUGACCUUCAGCUUGCUGCUUGAGGUCAGCUUGCUGCUUGAGGUCUCCCUGCUCUUGGUGGGAACAGCAGCAGAGACCUCUCCACUUUCCCCUAGCCCCUCUGCUGGGUAGAGAGGCACUUUCAGGGACUUCCCUCCAGCUGCCUCUUCAUCUGGGAAUGAGCUAAGCAAGGCUGAGCCUCCUCCUGUUGCCUGAAAUAAUGGUGAUAUAAAGGCUGGAUUUGGAGUUUGUAUCCCCCCCGUCCCUUUGGGAUGCUCAUUAAAACCUUUCCACCCCUUGGAAA